AUGCCAAUCCUCCAACCCAUCACAACAGACUCCUCCGAGGACAGCGACUCCUCCUCCUCCCAAUCUCCCCGGCCCGCAUUCCACAACACCCGCACUCGCGAAUCGCACUACAGCAUCCAAAGCUAUGGCGAAGACGCCGUGCCCAUCCCCGACCAUGUCGCUCCAUUAGAACUCGAAAAGACCAACACCGCGGGCUCGACUUCCUCGCGAUUCAAUCAACGCGCCCAAUCCAUGGUGUCGCGCAUUCGAAGUCGAGAUCCGGGACAAAUCGCAAAGUUCACGCAUCCGUUGUCGCAUACGAAGACGGGUUCGGAUGUAUUGGUUGAUUUUGAUGGGGUGGAUGAUCCGUAUCAUCCGAAGAAUUGGGGGUUCAGGAAGAAGUGCAUUACAACGGUGUUGUAUGGAAUGACUACUAUGGGCGCAACUUUAGCAAGUGCCAUAUACACACCCGGCACACAACAAAUCAGUGCCGAAUUCCACGUCGGCACAGAAGUCAGCCUCUUGGGUCUUACUCUCUUACUGCUAGGCUUCGGCUUCGGCCCUCUCCUCUGGGCCCCCCUCUCCGAACUCUACGGCCGCAAAGCAGCCGUCAUGACACCCUAUUUUAUUGCUGGCAUAUUCGCAUUUGGCACCGCAACGGCAAAGGAUAUUCAGACCGUGCUGAUUACGAGAUUCUUCACCGGGUUUUUCGGGUCGGCGCCUGUCACCAACACGGGUGGUGUGUUGGGCGAUAUUUGGUCGCCGCAGCAGAGGGGUGCGGCGAUUGUGGGAUAUGCGAUGGCUGUUCUCACCGGCAUAUACAUGCUGUUCAUUUUGACAUUGGAUAUCAUCUUCCUCGACGAAUCCUACCCGCCCGUCCUCCUCGUCUACAAAGCCCAACGCCUCCGCCAUGAGACAGGCAACUGGGCCCUGCACGCCAAACACGAAGAAUGGGACGUCAGCGUCAACGAAAUGGCAAACAAGUACCUGGUACGCCCAUUUGCGUUGCUCAGUACACCCAUCUGUUUCGCCGUUGCGCUGUACGCUUCUUUCGUGUAUGGUAUCUUGUACCUGAAUCUCGCUGCAUUUCCGAUUGAGUUCAUAGAUGAGCGCGGCUGGGGCCAGGUCGUGGGUGAAUUGCCCUUUUUAUCGAUGCUGGUCGGUAUCAUGAUCGGUGCAGGCGUCAAUCUGCUCAAUCAAAAGUUUUAUAUUAGUCGGUUCAAGAAGAACAACAACCGUCCUGUCCCCGAAGCUCGACUCCCACCUAUGAUGAUCGGUUCUAUUGUCUUUGCCGCUGGCAUGUUCAUAUUCGCCUGGACAUCCAGCAAAAGCAUACACUGGAUUGGCCCCGUUAUCGGCGCUGCAUGCAUGGGAUUAGGGUUCUUCACCAUCUUCCAAGCAGCCAUCAACUAUCUGGUAGACACAUUCCCACUUACUGCCGCCUCCGCCAUCGCAGCCAAUACCUGUCUACGAAGUAUAUUCGCAGCUGCAUUUCCCUUAUUCACGGAUGCGAUGUAUAAUAAUUUGGGCAUUGAUUGGGCGGCGAGUACACUGGGGUUUAUCUCGGUUGCGUUGAUUCCGAUUCCGUUUUUGUUUUAUGUUUUUGGGAAGAGGCUUAGGGCUAGAGGGAAGUGGUCGCGGGCUUCGGUUUAUGAGUAG